CUGCUUUCCAGCUCUGGAUCUUCCCAGCUCCCCAGUGUCAAUACUGAGACCCCAGAUGUGUCCAGAGACACCCUGAAGAGGCUGAGGGGCUGAGGAGCCCGAGGGCACCCACAGGGAGAUUCCUGAAGCUGACUCAGAGCCACAGAGGAUUUGCCUGUUCUUUGAGCAUCCUCCAGUUCCUUGCCCCCUUGGAUCCCUGUUGCUAUGGAGACCACCAACAGGACUGAGACCUGGUAUGAGAGCCUGCACGCAGUGCUGAAGGCUCUAAAUGUCACUCUUCACAGCAACUUGCUCUGCCGGGCAGGGCCUGACAACCUGCCUAAGGAGCGGCGGGCCAGCCUACCUGGCCGUGAUGACAACUCCUACAUGUACAUUCUCUUCGUCAUGUUUCUAUUUGCUGUCACCGUGGGCAGCCUCAUCCUGGGAUAUACCCGCUCCCGCAAAGUGGACAAGCUCAGUGACCCCUAUCACGUGUACAUCAAGAACCGUGUGUCUAUGAUCUGACCCUAGGGGGCCGAGAAUGGCAGCAUAUCAAGAUACCAGAACUCAGUUAUGGACCACACCAGGCUUCAGUGUCCCCAUCUGUAGGAGCAACAAGAAACAGUCCUAAGGGAGGUCAUCAUCAGGGUGGGAGGAGAAGGGCUGGAAGACCAGGGCCUUGUGGAUGAAGAUUUUUUUUUCCAGUAAAGGUAGACUUUCCAGACAGUGGGAGCCCCAUGAACAAAUAUAUAGAAGUAGCAAA